AUGCAGUCCACCGGGAAGUCCCUGAAGGCAGCGCUGCAGCUCGCCCGGAGCGAGGAGCGCCUCACCGCCGGCGUCUACGAGAGUGCCAAGAUCAUGACCGAGGACCCGGACAGCGUGUCCUUCUGCGUCCUGGCCAUGGACGAGGAGUUCCAGUGCGACAUCGCGCUGCAGAUCCACUUCACGCUCAUCCAGUCCUUCUGCUUCGACAACGACAUCAGCAUCGCGAGAGUGAGCGACAUGCAGCGUCUGGCCCAGAUCGUGGGCGCCAAGGCGGCGCCGCUGGAAGACGCCCACUGCGUCCUCAUCACGAACCCGGCUGACGGGUCUUGGGAGGACCCGGCUCUGCAGAAGCUGCACCUGUUCUGCGAGGAGAGCCGCAGUCUGAACGACUGGGUUCCUGAGAUCCUCCUCCCCGAGCGCUGA